UUACCUGACUAUCACACUCCUUAAAAUGGUUUCUUCAUCUCAAAGACUUAACAUUACCUUAUUCCCCAAAAACAAAGUUUCUAAAAUGGAAACUAGUUACUAUUCAUAUCUGCCCAAAAACACAGAAACCAAAAACCAGUAUAAUCAACAAUGGAUCACUACGUGAUUGUUCGUCUUUAUAAUUUUUAAUUAUUAUUAUUUUCGUUGAUUUUUGGUGUUUUUGCUUGCUUGCUCGCCGAAUCUAGCUAUUAACGUCAUUAACGUGCCGAAAAAUCUAAAGAGACUUGCUUUUGGGUCUAUCCCUUGCACCUUUUAACCAAUUUGCGUUUUACCGCCUCUGCCUCUCUUAUUAUCGGAAAUCGCUUUCUGGGUUUUGCAGAUACUGUGUAAAAUCUCUUGAUUUUCUUGAAUAUUGUUUGUUAUUCUCCCAAGGUCUUACAAUAAGCAUUUUACUGCUGUGCUUUCUGACCGUGUUAUAUAUGGGCUGAGUUGUACAUUUAAUGGGAGGCGUAGAGGAUGAUGAACCACCCUCAAAACGCGGGAAAGUGUCCUCUGGGGCAUUAGGAGGUCUUUCAAACGGUACAUCCCAUAGAGCGCAAGCUAAUUGCUCAUUGAGUGAUUCGAUGGCUCAACCGCUAGCCUCUCAAGGGAAAGACGAGGUUGUUGGUUCAAAAGGGAUGGUUAAGAAAGUUGAACUUGUUAGAAUUAUAGCUGAGGCAUUGUAUUCGCUUGGUUAUAAGAAUACAGGGGCACAUCUAGAAGAAGAGUCAGGGAUACCGUUGCAGUCCUCUGUUGUAAAUUUGUUUAUGCAGCAAAUUCUUGAUGGUAAAUGGGAUGACAGCGUGGCCACAUUACAUAAGAUUGGUCUAAUGGAUGAAACUAUUAUUAAAUUGGCAUCUUUUGUAAUAUUAGAGCAGAAAUUUUUUUCACUUCUGGGUGGAGAAAAUGUCAUGGAUGCUUUGAAGACACUGAGGACUGAGAUUGCACCUCUUUGUAUAAACAACGAUAGAGUUCGUGAGCUCUCUUCCUACAUUUUAUCUCCAUCACUAAAUGAUCUUGAUAUUAAUUCUGAUCAAGAAGUGAGGCUCAAGUCACGAGAAAAGUUGCUUGAAGAAUUGCAAAUGCUUCUUCCUUCUACAAUGAUAAUUCCUGAAAGAAGGUUGGUGCAUCUUGUUGAACAGGGUCUUGAUUUGCAACGGGAUGCAUGCAGGUUUCACAACUCUUCAGUUGGGGAGAUGUCAUUGUUCACUGAUCAUCAGUGUGGAAAGGAUAAUAUUCCAUCUCAAACUUUACAGAUAUUACAAGAGCACGGUGACGAAGUUUGGUGCUUGCAGUUUUCUCACAAUGGCAGAUACUUGGCCUCUUCAUCCAGGGAUUGCCUAGUGAUUAUAUGGGAGGUAAUAGUUUAUAUAUGGCACCGACUCUCAGGAGAGCUCGUUUUGACAUUGUCUGGACAUUCUGGGGCUGUCAACUGUGUUAGUUGGAAUCCCACUAAUCCUCAUAUGCUGGCUUCUGCAAGUGAUGAUCGUACAAUUCGCAUAUGGGGCUUAAAUCGGGUAAGUUUGAAUCAUGACGAUAGGCACAGUAAUGGCAUCCACCUUUGCAAUGGUCGAACUUGAGACGAGAAAGCACAGUCGAUCAUUGUAUUUAUUAACAAAUUGCAUCAUGUAAAUUUUCUUACUUCGAUAUUUCAGUUGACAUAUUACAAACGAGAAUGUGAACAUGCUUUAACUGUGACAAUAAAUUGUGUACUUCGUCUCAA